UAGGCGUCGAGAAAGUCUAGUCAUGCUGGUUUGUGUUUUCAUUCUGUGUGUUUUGACUGUUGUACAUGUAUCUGUCCUUCAGUAGUGCACUCGUCUUUAUGUAUGGUCUCGUCUGUGUUGUUGUGCCGAAAUGAGCGAUGUUGUGGAGAAAACCCUCACUGCUCUGCCGGGUUUAUUUGAUUCUCAAACCGGAGCUGCUAGAAUCACCAACAGAUUAAGACAACUCAUCAAGAGCAUCACAGAACUGACAUCUAAACAUGACGAGGAGAACCUCAUCAAACAGGAGCUGUCUGCCAUGAAAGAGCAGGUUUCAUCUCCCAACACUACUAUGAAGCAGAUGAGAGAGGUCAUGGUGCGAGCCAUGUACUGUGAGAUGCUGGGCUACGAUGCCUCCUUCACCUACAUUCACGCCAUCAAACUGGCGCAGCAGGGCGGCGUGCUGGAGAAGAGAGUGGGGUACCUUGCGGUGUCUCUCUUCCUCAGUGAAGGACAUGAGUUGUUGUUGUUGCUGGUAAACACCGUAUUGAAAGAUCUUCAGAGCACUAACCUCAUCGAAGCGUGCAUGGCGCUGACUGUUGUAGCUCAGGUGUUUCCCAAAGACAUGAUACCUGCUGUCCUUCCUCUGGUGGAAGACAAGCUGUCGCAUCCAAAGGAGAUCAUUCGGAGAAAAGCCGUCCUGGCGUUAUAUAAGUUUCAUCUCAUUGCUCCGACUCAAGUCCAGCACAUUCAUGGCAAGUUUCGAAAAGCCCUGUGCGACAAAGAUCCGGGUGUCAUGACAUCAUCUUUACAUAUUUACCUACAGCUGAUCACGGAGAGUCCAGACGGCUAUAAGGACCUGACGGGAAGUUUGGUCACUAUCCUGAAGCAGGUGGUGGGGGGGAAACUCCCGGUGGAGUUUGACUAUCACAGCGUUCCUGCGCCGUGGCUUCAGAUCCAGCUGCUCAGGAUCCUCUCGCUGCUCGGGAGAGAGGACCCAAGCACUAGUGAGCUGAUGUAUGACGUUCUGGACGAGUCUCUGCGCAGAGCGGAAAUGAACCACAACAUCACUUACGCGAUCCUGUAUGAGUGUGUGAAGGCCGUCUACACCAUCCACCCCAAAGCUGAGCUGCUUGAAAAAGCCGCGAGAUGCAUUGGAAAUUUUGUUCUUUCUCCGAAGAUCAACCUCAAAUAUCUUGGUUUGAAAGCCUUGACGUAUGUGGUCCAGCACGAUGCUAGACUCGCCCUGCAGCAUCAGAUGACCAUCAUCGAGUGUUUGGACCACGCAGAUUACACGAUUAAAAGAGAGACUCUUGAAUUGUUGUUCAGGAUCACAAACGCUCAGAAUGUGACCGUGAUCGUUGAGAAGAUGUUGGACUUCCUGCACGGUUGCAACGACGAGCACACCAUCAUCCAUCUGGUUUGCUCCGGAUAACUCGUGGUUCAUUCAGACAAUGAAUGAUGUUUUUUCCACUGGUGGAGAUUUGCUGCAACGGGACGUCCCAAACAACUUCCUGCGACUUCUGGCGGAGGGCUCAGAGUCUAAAGAGGAAGAUGAUCAGUUACGGCUUCAGGCUGUCGACUCGUAUCUGACCGUGCUGAAGAGAGACGCUUCUCGUCUGCCCCAGCGCUUCUUACAGGUCAUGAGCUGG